AUGAAAUUCACUGGAUUCCUCCUCCUCGGCUUGGCGUCGUACGCCAAAGCAUACCCAUCUGCGGCACAGAAAUCCAAGCCUCCCUUCUUUGUUCUGGCAGGGGACAGUACUACCGCCGUUCAAUCGACCGGUGGCGGAGGCUGGGGAGAUGGGUUCCUCAACACGACCCUAUUCAAAGGAGCAUCAGGUCGCAAUCUCGGCCACAAUGGCGCAACAACAGUCAGCUUCCGGACAGGAGGUGAUUGGGACGAGGUCUUGGCUACUGUGAAGCAAUCCAAAGAAUCCUAUCGCCCCUUCGUGACAAUUCAAUUCGGACACAACGACCAGAAGGCAAAGGCGAAUAUUUCCUUGUCACAGUACACCCAGAACCUCGAGGGCCUUGUUAAAGAGGUUUUGGAUGCUGGCGCGACCCCGAUUCUGGUAACUCCAUUGUCGCGGCGGAACUAUGAGACUUCGACGGGUACACCCCUCAUCGUGCAGAGCCUCUCGAAUGAAACUGCUGCCACGAUCAAGGCUGCUCACUCGACAGGCGUCAGAGUCAUUGAUUUGAACAAAGCGAGUACUGAUUACCUCAAUGCGAUCGGGCCUGACGAUGCUUACACCUACAACUUGAAUCCGACCGACUAUACUCAUCUGAAUGGACCCGGGAGUGUGGUAUUCGGGGGAAUCGUGGCAGACCUGAUUAUUAAAGUCGCCGCUGAGUUGUCGAAAGAUGGCUAUUUGAAAGUUGAUAAGACUCUCAAGAAGGACGUCAAGGACGGGAUUUACUACUGGCCUUAG